CCUCUGAGAUGCGACGAUGAGCGCUUUGCCUGGCCGAGGCCGCGGCUUCCGGAGAUCAUCGGCGCUGAAGGCGAACCCUUCACGGACGCGCGAUGCCUCAGCCGGGUCGCCGCCUCAGCCCUCGCAGGUGGUGCGCCCCGCUACAGCCAACUCCGAAACCACACGUCGCCUAGCGACGGCGCGAGGCGGGGCCACAGGCUGUCCGGGCCUGUACGAAACUUCCGCUUCCGGGGUCUCCUCCGUAGCCCUCAGAGCUUCAGCCCGGCAGCAUUGCAACGUACGGUGUCAGCUUCGGGCUGCUGAGGCACCUCAGUAUUGGUUUCUGUCGUUCCGCUCUUCUCCGUUAAUCAUGCUGGAACAUCUGAGCUCGCUGCCCACACAGAUGGAUUACAAGGGUCAGAAACUGGCUGAACAGAUGUUUCAAGGGAUUAUCCUUUUUUCUGCAAUAGUUGGAUUUAUCUACGGGUACGUGGCUGAACAGUUCGGGUGGACUGUAUAUAUAGUUAUGGCUGGAUUUGCUUUCUCCUGUUUGCUGACACUUCCUCCAUGGCCCAUCUAUCGCCGACAUCCCCUCAAAUGGCUACCUGUUCAAGAAUCAGGCACGGAAGAGAAGAAACCAGCGGAUAGAAAAAUUAAGAGGCAUGCUAAAAAUAACUGAUUGGGGCAUUUGUGGUUCAACAUCUGCUUUUGUUUCCUGUGAGAUGAGCUAAAUAGCUUUCAUACCCACAACACAAGCUAAACCACCUAUGCUCUUGCAGCACAGCCAUGUAUAGGUAUAAUUCUUUGUUUCAUCUCUAACUCAGCUUUGACCCAAAAAAUAUCUGAGACCCUAUCUUGGUAAUCUUGUUCUAAAAUGGAGAACAGAAAACACAAGUGUGCAGUGUUUCUUUCAGGUAUACAUUAAUAAUGAAUAAAU